UAAAAGGGCAAGGUAUAUACAAACUAAGUUACCUACAAGAUCGACCCAUGCCGGCAGAGAUUACCCCGCAUGCCGCAUUCGUUGCCUGCGUUCUUGAGUUUCUAGAGGUCGCUGUACAUACAGUGCUCUUUACCCGUGGUCUGUACCUCAAAGAAGCGUUUGAACGCUGCCGGGCCUUCAACACAUUCACUCGCCGGUCGCGACACCCCGAGCUUAACAGCUACAUCAGCUCCACAGUUAGUCGUCUCAGGCCUCUACUGGAGUCUGGACACCUGCGCGAGGUAGCCCUAGUAUUCCUGGACUCCAAGAGCCGGCCUGUGGAACGGGUGACCUUCAACACACAGCUGCUCCUCCAGACCGGCGCCGGACCAGGACUUGACGGCGCGGGCCCCUCGCACCCCCAGCAGCAGCAGCCGCUUCCCUGCAUCGACGUGGCCUCCCUGGAGGCGGGUCUGGGCUCGGCGCUGCUGAAGCUGCAGUUUAUCGACAGCCUGCUCAAGCCGCUGCCGCAGGGCUGCACGUUUGAGCUGGUUGCGUACAGCACCUCGCGCGCCGGGGUGGACCGGCAAUACUUUGCGGAGGAGAGCGGCGGCGGACUGGAGCUGCGGCAGCCGGUGGCGGGGCAGCCGCUCAAGACGGUGUGCGUGCCGGGCUGCAUCAACAUGCAGAUCCUCGUGGAGGAGGGCGCGCGGGUGUGAGACGCGGUGAGACAGGGCAGCACCACAAGACAAGCAGGUCUCAUUAUCAGCAGUAGCAGCUCUUCCACCAGUACGGCAGCAUCAGGCCAUGGCGCAGCGGGCUGCCCAGGCGGCCCAGCGCCGCGUCGGCGACCCCAGCGAGGCGCUGCUGGCUCAGCUGCUGACGCAGCGCGCGCUGUCGCUGCAGGACCGCUCGCAGGCGGAGGGCGUGACGGCCUUCCUGCGCCGACCCGUGGUUCGCGGCCGCCUCAACGAGCGCUUCCUACAGAACACGCUGCGCGACGUGCGCACCGCCAACCGGCGCGCGGAGGAGGCUGAGUUGUGGGAGCUACGGGAGGCGCAGCUGGAGCGGGAGGCCAG